GACUUUUGCUAUAGAGUUUGCUGGAUUAUAUUUGGACUUGAUUUACUCUGUAAUUAUUGAACAUUUUAUUUUGAUGUACCAGAAGCGGAGAGACGUUAUCUCUUUGUGAGUAAUAAACUCUUGGCAGGCAGCCACUAGGUUGUUGCCAAGUUCCGUUAUCAUAAGGAAAAGGAUUUUGUCGGCUGGUUUGGUUUUUAACUCUUGGACGUCUGUUGGUGUGUGUGCGUGUGGGACGGGGACAGAACACAAAGCCUCUAUGUUCAGAUCCUCUCCUAUGUCAUCAUGUUUUCUAGAACUGAGGUGGGUUCGGCUGCGCAUGAUGCAUCUGGCCUGUGGGCUGCCAGUUUGACACCCCUGGUCUAUAAGAUGAAGCGCUGGAAUUUUGUCUAUUUGAAUAUUAUGCUUUCUGUGGCUUCUUGUGUGCAAAGAUUUGAAAACCUUCUGAAAGUCUGCAGACUGGGCAAUUCAUGCUUUCAGUAAAUCUUGUCUGCGUGGGAAAAUGGCGCUGAGACUUAUAAAGUUAGACAAACAGGCAGUGGGGGGGGAUUCCCCCAUUAACAAAUUACAUCAACAAGUUCUAACUCUCCAGUCUCAGAAACCUGAUUUUAAUAUAAUAGAAUUUCUUCUUGAGGAGAUUGUAAGAAGGGAUGAGAUUGUGAAUCAGCAACUUGAAAAAUUUAAGCUGGAAAUUAAAGAAAUUGGUGAAUUGGUGAAAUCUAAGUUUGACUUUUUGGAUCAAAAGAUUUUAAAAACAGCUAAUGGUUUAGCAGACUUUGUGAUUCAGUUGGAUGCAAAUACCAAAUUAUUAGAGUCCAAAAUGAAAGAAACUGAGGAGAAUUUGGACGACAAGAUCCAAAAAAUUAAAAAGGAUUUGGCAAACAUUCAGGAUAAUAGUUCAGAAGACAAACCUAAAAUGGAGGUUGACCAAAAGAUUGGUAAUGAAGAAAAUGUACAACAGAGGAUUGAAAGAGAAGUUUUAAUGAUUCAAUAUAAUUUUACAGAAUAUGCAAUUAGACUGAGAGGUCUGCAGGAAAAUGACAGAGAUGAUUUAAGGAAGAUAUCUUCUGAAAUUCUGGCUGGGAUUUUAAAGGUUCAACCUGAUGAAGUGUUUUGCAGGAUUGACAGAAUUUAUAGAAUAAACUCCUGGUUGGCAAAACAAAAGCAAUUGCCUAGAGAUGUGGUGAUUUAUUUUACUGAUAAAGGAAUAAGAAAUGAUAUUGUGCAGAAUUCUUUUAGUUCUACUUUGCAAUUUCGUGGAAGAAAGAUUUGGAUUUUUAAGGAGCUCCCGCCCAAGAUGUUAAUGGAGAGGAAGAAAUUUGGUUUUCUAGUGUCUGAGUUAAAAAAAAGAAAUAUCCUAUUUAGGUGGGAUGUUCCAGCUGGUUUAAUAUUCAGACACCAAGGAGUAAGAUACCAACUGAACACUGUUGAAAAAGCGGAAGAAUUUUAUCAAAAAAACUUUAAAAAGAAUUUAACAUCUUUAGGCAUAAUACAGGACAAACAAAAGGAGUUGGAAACAAAGGGAAAAUAUCAAAUUAUAGAGGCUGUGGUAGAUAAAUUGUCUUCGGACUCCCUGGAUACCCCAGCUGGACUGUCUAUAAAUAUGAGAGCAGUGUCAUCUGAUUUCAAUGUGACGAAUUAUCAAGCUACAGACAAGUGCGUAAAUCAACCAGUUGAUAUACAAGUGAUGGAAAAGAAAUACGAGAUAAUAAAACAAAACCAACAAGAUCAACUAGCUGAUACACAAUUUGUAGGAAGGAAACCAGGAUGGAAAUUCAACCCGCAAAAGAAAAAGAAAAGAAACAGAUCUCAUAGAAAUAGUAGUUUCUAAACUAAGCAACAGCGAAGUAUUGUUUAAUACUAUCUUGAGGAUAGUGGCAGACCUCUGCAAUGCCGUGAUUUUGGGAUGUGAAAAGAGCCUUACAUUGUUGGAUUUGAAUUAUCUAUUUUGGAUUUCUUUUACCGAUAAAUAUAUUAUAACUAUUUCGAGUUACAAGGCAAGAGAGUCAUGCUGGGGCAUGCAGAAGAUCUGGCUGUUACCCACUAGGAUGAUGGGAAUUAAUAAUCCUGAUGAAAACCACAAUUACAACUAUAUGGAAUAUAAUUAUAAUGUCACUCGGGUGGUUGUUUUUACUUUUAUAUAUAUAUGAGGAUAUUCAUUACUGAUGGGGGCAGAUGAAGACUGAAGAUUUUGAACAAACUGUUGCACCAGGAUGCUAUGUCACCCAAUUAUGGAUGAUGGACUCAACAAUCCAGUGGAAAGACGUCAAAGAAGAUAUUAUAUGGAUUAUAAAUUUAAAGUUAUUGUCUUUUUUUUUCUUUUUAUAAAAUGGAAUGUAUAUAUAAAUAUAUGUAUAUUUUAGCAGAGUGGGCAGUGGUUCAUACUUAGAAUUGUAGUGCAUGGUAAUUUUGCGGGAAACUGGGUUGAAAUAGGUUAGUUUACUAAUUGAUUAGUUUAAGAAAAAGGAUUUUUAAGUCAUAUAUUUAGGGGAGUGGAGGAAUUGGAUAGAAUUGAAUAAAUGUUAAAUUUGGAUGUGGGGAGAAGGCUGCUUUGAAAUGUUAUAUUAAUAUAUAUAAAAGAUUAAAUGUUAUGUUGUUAUAAUAAUAUACUAUAAGUUUGGGGGAGGAGAAAAAGGGCAGAUUAUUGCGAAAAUGGGGGUUAUAAGAAUAUUAUGCUAAGGGUCAGUAUUUUGAGG